AGAGAACAGGGCCAGAAGACCAAGAGCAGAGAGGAGAGAGAAGAGACAGCGUUUGGCUGACUGAGACUGACGACCAAUCACAGCAUGGGCUCCUUCACUACCAUCUCCAUCAGCAUCCUCCUCCUUUUGACUUUGCAGCUUCAAGGUCGAACCAAAGCCAAUCCUGUGUCCAAUAAUGACCUAGUGGAUUUAAAGAAUUUGUUGGACCGCCUGGAGGACAAGAUACCUUUAGAAGAUGAGGUCAUGCCCUCACAAGGACUUAAUGAGCAGAAUGAGGAGGCUGGGGAAGCACUUAACCCCGUCUCUUCCUGGAGUGGGGAAGUCAGCCCAGCCCAGCGGGAGGGAGUCUUCAACCGGGGCACUUGGGAGCAAUCUGACAGAUCUGCCCUCCUGAAGAAUAAGCUUCGGGCACUCUUGACUUCCCCUCGUAGUCUGAGGAGAUCCUCCAGCUGCUUUGGGGGCCGGAUUGACAGAAUAGGAGCCCAAAGUGGACUUGGCUGCAACAGUUUUAGGUUCUGAAGAUAAUGUACAAAGAGGAAAACGUGCUGGACCCAGUCAGAGCCACAGAAGCUUCAAAUCCUUUGGGACUUUGCUUUAUUUUGUCCAUUUGUUGUCAGCCAACUGGACUUUGAAUGUGCUCCUGGUUCAAACUACAGCUUUCUUUUGCCAUUUCACAAAUAUAAUUUUGAAUGUAGACAAAAUGCUGUAAUGGUGGCUUUUGCCUCUAUAUUAAAUCUGAGUUUAAAUCCUAAGCAGUUCAAAGAUGAAUAAACUUCAGCACCAUGGACAGAAA